AUGUGUGUCUUUCAAGUUUCUGCUAGAAGGCUGUUUUCCCAAACGCGUUGUGGACUUAAGGCUUGCUCUUCGAAGAAACAGGAGGUUUGCUUGCAAAUGGCUCGUCCUAGUUCGAAUAUGGCUGAUUUUCGGGAAGUGUUUGCCAAAGCGAAGCACAUUGCCAUUAUCACAGGAGCUGGUGUCAGCGCGGAGAGCGGCGUUCCCACCUUCAGAGGGGCUGGGGGUUUCUGGAGAAAGUGGCAAGCCCAGGAGCUGGCUACUCCGGGGGCUUUUGCGCGAAACCCUUCCCGUGUGUGGGAAUUUUACCAUUACCGCCGGGAAGUGAUGCUGAGCAAACAUCCAAAUCCAGCACACAUUGCCAUUGCAGAGUGCGAGAAGCGGCUGAGCAAGCAAGGAAGGAGUGUUGUGGUCAUUACUCAGAAUAUUGAUGAACUGCACAGGAAGGCAGGCACGAAGCACCUCUUAGAGAUUCAUGGUAGUUUAUUUAAAACUCGGUGCACCAACUGUGGAAACAUAGCUGCGAAUUACAAGAGCCCAAUCUGCCCCGCGUUGGCCGGGAAAGGGGCUCCAGAUCCUGAAACAAAAGACGCCGCGAUUCCAGUUGAAGACCUUCCUCGGUGUGAGGAGGAUGGCUGCAAUGGGCUCCUGCGUCCCCAUGUUGUGUGGUUUGGUGAAGCUCUGGAUCCCAACAUUCUCACAGCGGUUGAGAAGGAGCUUGAUAUUUGUGACCUCUGUUUGGUAGUCGGGACCUCCUCGGUGGUGUACCCUGCGGCGAUGUUUGCCCCCCAGGUCUCUGCCAGAGGAGUGCCAGUCGCAGAGUUUAACAUGGAAGCUACUCCCGCCACAGACAGGUUCAGGUAA